AUGUCCAAUAAACUUAAUUUAAAUAUGAAUAAAAUUUACAAUUAUUUUCUAAAAAAUGGGUUAUCUUUAAACCAGGAAAAAACUUUUAAUAUUGAAUGUUAUCCAUAUGGUGCAUAUUACAUUAAAAGCCCACUUAUUAAAUUAAACAAUAAAACAAUUAAACAAGUUUCAUUCACAAAAUUGUUAGGUGUUAAUAUUGAUAUGUCACUAAAUUGGAAGGAGCAAGUUAAUCUGAGGCAUGUGUACGCCUGGGCUUUAGAUCAUAGAGUCCAUCACAAAUAUAGCGAAAGUGAUGCAGAUCCUCAUAAUGCUAAGAGAGGGUUUUUUUUCUCUCAUGUUGGAUGGUUGGUUUUGUCUCCACAUCCAAAAGUUGUGGAAAAAAGAAAAGCUGUUGAUAUGAGUGAUUUAGAAGCAGAUCCAAUUGUUAUGUGGCAGAAAAAGUAUAUCAGCCCUGUAGAAAACCUCGCAGUAUCCUUAGCCGCCUUAGGUGAAGGUUGGCAUAACUACCACCAUGUGUUCCCAUGGGAUUACAAAACUGGAGAGUUGGGAAACGUCUACAAUCCUUCUACAACGUUUAUAGAUUUUUUUGCUAAAUUAGGCUGGGCCUAUGAAUUAAAAAGCGUAUCCCCGCAAAUGAUUUCGAGAAGAGCCAAUAAAAGUGGUGACGGUAGCCACGAGUCUAACGUAUGGGGAUACGGAGACAAGGAUAUAGACAAAGAAGACCUAGAAGAAUUAGAAUGUAUGGCAGAUGAGAAGAAUCAUAGCUAAAUAAAAGCCGUAACCGGGUUUUUUCUAUAAACUUAACAUUUUUAAAAUAACUCACCUAACUAUUUAAAAUAAUUUUUUAAUAAACAAUGGUGCUACAAAUGAAUAAAUAUAUAUCGAAAACAUGUUAUGCAAGAAUAUAUAAUAUGUAUUUAAUAGUUUGCAAAAGCAUAUACAGGAUGUUUUUAUAUUAAAUUGCUUUAAAAUACUAUCUCGUAUUUUUUUU